AUGAAGUCUCUGUCUCUCCUGCUUCUUCUCUUCAUGCUCGAUGUCACCAUGCUCGAAGAUCCAAGGAGAGCAGACACCAUAUCCCCCCCGAUCGACCCGUCCCCUUGCUCCACGCCGCCUCCCCUCGCUCAACCUAACUCGCUCCAUCCAUGCGCCAGCGCGAUUCCCUGCAGCAGGUGCGGAGGUCCGAUGAUGAUCGUGGAGUGGUACGGCGCCGAGAGGUUCGUGUGCAAGGGGAGCACGAGGAGGAAGUGCGGGUUCACCAGGAGGCGCAUCUACUCAGCUGUGUCUCGUCCGAGCUCGUACCGCCUGAAGCUGCUGGCAGAGCUGGAGACGACCAGCACCUUCCGGCUGCACUCGGGGACUUCGAACAAGAUCCCCAGGAGAGCUCUCGAGAACCUGCUCGAGCAAGCAGGCCUGCUAGGGUCUCAGCAGCACGACGCCUCCCCCGUCUCCUUCGCAACCCGAGAUGAUGGGAGGGAGGGCGUCGUGUUCAGGCUGCAGGACUACGGCAAGGUCACGAGGAGAAUCUCUCGCCUUCACUGGGUGUGCAUGGACCGGCUCCCUGCUGUGACUCUGAGGGCCCUGAGAAAGCUCAAGGAUGAGGCGUUCAGGGGGGUGGUCGACGAGCGGGAGGUGGGGGGGAUGCUGGAAAGGUUGCCGAUGGGCAUGCGAGCUUGUCUCUGUCCGUACCAGAUCGAAGGGAUCAAGUUUGUGCUGUCCAGGAGCUGCCGGUGCAUGAUCGCCGACGAGAUGGGGCUGGGCAAGUCGCUGCAGGCGCUGGCCGUGGCCGCGUGCCUGGACGCCUGGCCACUGCUGGUGGUGGUACCAGCGACGCUGCGGCUGGGAUGGGCGGAGGAGAUCGAGAAGUGGAUCACGUGGCUGCUGCCAACCGACAUCCACGUCAUCUUCUCCUCGACUGACAGGCCCCCGCAAGCAACGCCCAAGGUCGUCAUUGUAUCCUACAAGAUGCUUCAUCGCCUCCGCUCCGACCUCCUCAGCCGCCAGUGGCGCCUUGUCGUCUUCGACGAGAGCCACACGCUCAGGACUCCGAAGGCCCGAGCUGACGUCCAGCAGACGAGCACGUCGAUCAGACUCAUCAGGAACGUCAGGAGGUGCCUGCUUCUGACCGGCACGCCGUCCCCGCACAGGCCCAUGGACAUGUUCCUCCAGCUGGACGCCCUCCAUGCUGGCCUGCUGGGGUCCAGCAAGUUCGAGUUUGCCAACUCGUUCUGCGAGGUCGCCAGGUUUCCCUUCUACUCCGUGGGCAGGUGCGUCAGGGCCCACGAGCUGAACCUGAUCCUCGCGAGCAGCGUCAUGCUGCGGAGGCUGAAGAAGGACAUUAUGAAGCAGCUUCCUCCCAAACGACGAUGUCUCAUCUAUGCUCCCAUCGACUGCUCUCGUCUCCGACUUGUCAACGCGUCAGGGGAGGAGAAAGGAGAGGAGCUGCAGCUAAAGAACCAUACGCGAAAUCACGAAGUCCUGGUGGCCACCACUGCCUACCAGCUCGUCGGCCUCGCCAAACUCUACGCCGCCAAAGAGUGGCUGCAGCAUGCGGCGAUCAGCUCCGGCUGCUCGUCGAAGAUCGUCGUGUUUGCUCAUCAUCGGCGGGUGAUGAACGAGCUCGAGAGCUUCCUGCUCCAACACAACGUCAGCUGCGUUCGGAUCGACGGCGAGACGGCUGGCAGGGAACGAGUCGACCUCCUCAACCAGUUCCGCCAUCGUGCGCACGUCAAGGUUGCGCUGAUCAGCGUGACAGCGAGCGGGCAGGGGGUGGACCUGAGCGUCGCCAGCACCGCCAUCUUCGUGGGAGCUCCCUCCCGACAUCUCCUGGUGCCGCGCGGGCAGACAGGCUGUGUCGACAUCUACUACCUCGUCGCAAGGUCGCCUUGGAAGCACUACGACGACCUCCUUCAGCCUCACUGCCAUGGCCGCGACCAGUCGCAACAUCGCCUGUCAAACUUUGACAUGCACAGGUGGAUCUCUCUGAGCAGGGACCUGGAGGACGUGUCGAGCGUGACGGACGGCCCGAAGAAUCACGCGAGGAUGGAUCUUGACGACGAGAUCGCAUUGAGGGACUGGAAUGCAACGGACGGGUUAACUCUGGCUGGCCGCAAGCUUGUCAAACCGGCGUAUGAGACGGAGGGACACUUGUCGGACGCGGCUGGGCAUCACCAAGGAACGGAGAGCAGCAUGGGAGCUGAGAACUCGAUAGGAGCAUCCAACUUUCACUUCAUGAAGAGCCAGCACACGGACAGGAUCCACAUGUUCGUAGAGAAAGGGGGCUCCUUCACGUCUUUGGGCAGUUUGCGACCGGAGCAGAUAUGCCUGAUGCAGUCAGCAAGUGCUGCGGGCCUGAGCUCCUUGCUUCCCAUCCCCGCACAGAAGUCUCUGCCCCCCUCCCUCGCCCUGCAGCUCGCAGAGGAGGACGUCAACGUGACGGUUGAGAUCAGUUCCUCUCGUUCCUGGAGGAAGGAGGAGGACAGCAAGUUCUUCCUGUGGCGGCAGGCAGUGGAUGAGGCUCAAAAUAUGCUGUGCAUCGUUUGCAUGCGACCUACCUCGUUCAGAUACUCCCCUCCUGCUCCUGCUCCUGCUCCUGCUCCUGCUCCUGCUCCUGCUCCUGCCCCUGCUACUUUCCCUGCAUGGUCUCUUCCAUUAGUCCCUCCUCCUGUUCCUUAUGUUUCAAUGUCGCCUUCCUCUCUUCGUUCCCCACUCAGCUCUCCGCACUGUCCUCCUCCUGCCCUGGUCUCGAAGCCUUCGGUGGUGAUGUGGAUGCGUCGUACCUUCUCCCGUUCUCAGAGAAAAUCGACGAGCACGGAGGGCAGCAAGGAGGGAGACGAUGAGGAUGAGGAGGAGGAGGAGGAAGAAGCAGAAGAGGAGGAAGAGGAUGGAAAGGAUGACGACGUGGACAAGGAAGAGGAGGAGGAUGAGGGUAAGAAGGAGAAGGAGCUCGAGGAGGAGCUCGAGGAGGAGCGGGAGAAGGAGGAAGUGGUGGAAGAGGGAGAGGACCAGGAGGAGGAGGAGGAGGAGGAGGAGAAGGAGUUCUUCCCUGUCAUGUAUCAUGAGCUCUUUUGCGGGGGGCUCUGCAUGAUGGAGUACAAGGAGAAGACCUCUCAAUCGUACCUGAGGAAGAGGAUAGCUCAAGCAGAGCGCGGAGUCUGUCAAGCUUGCGGCAUGAACGCGCGGGAGUUGUGCAAGGUCGUUGCUCGAGCCCAGCUCGACUCGAGGAGAGACGUCCUCCUCCAGAGAGCUCCAGAGUUUCGAGGACGAGAGAAGCUGAUCGCCAAGAUAGUCUCGCGCCCUGUGGAAGGAAAUUUCUGGCAUGCAGAUCACAUCGUACCCGUGUUCUCAGGAGGAGGGGAGUGCAAUGUAGACAACAUCCGCACCCUCUGCGUGUUGUGCCACCAGAGCCAUACCAACAAGCAAGCAACUCAACGAGCUGAGGGCCGGAGGAGGAGCGAGGAUGCUGAGGGAGCUGGAGCACAGAGGAAGAGAAGCAAGAGGACGAGCAGAGGAGACGCAAGAGAGGACACGGCGAUCGGCCGGAAGCGCAAGAGCAAGGUGAAGGCGAGCAGCAGCGGGGAAGGAGUAAGUCAACCCGCGCGAUUCAUCGGGAAACUGGUCAGGAUGCUGAAGAUGACAACCAACAGCGGGAGGCAGACCAGGAGCAGGAGCUGGAGACAAGCUCAGAAGCACAAGGACAAAUGCAGGGCAAGACCCACCGUCACGUUCCACCUCUCCUUCAGCGCCAGGCCCGGGAUAAGUCCCGCCACCGUCCUCCAGCUGCUCUGGAGCAAGAAGGAGGGGACGAGGUCCGUCGGCAGAGUCGUCUGGGUCUGGAGAGUCUGCCGGCCCGCACGUCAGCUUCCAGCAGGAGGUCAGUAA